GCUUCGGUUUCAGACGAGUUUGCCCCUCUCCUUGAAAAGGCCAUGGCUCAGCAUCAGCUGAUUAGCAAGUCCAUGUUGUACGAGAUCUUACAGGAUAAUUAUGCGUCAGUUUCGGGCGAGAUCCAAAAGCUCAGCAAGGCAUUCGAAGCCAAAUAUAAGCACAUUGAUGCAGAAAUUGAAGGCAAAACUUCGGCCGUCGCCCUCCGAGUUGCAAACGGAAUUGUCAAGAAAAACCUCCCGUCAGCACAGCUAGAAGCUGUCGCUCAAGCCAAUCUGAUCCGGAAUUCAGACAAUGCACUCAAGAAUGUCAACUUCUUUUCACCCGGACUCGGCGCAACCGUUGA